AUGGUGCAAAACACCAGACACAGGUUGCUCUACCAACUCAACAGACGCUGGUUGUACGGAAAGAUUCCCCUUCUCCACGCCGCCGUUUUCCUUGUACAAAUGGCCGCCGUAUCAUUCCUCGCGCGCAAGUACAACGGCUACUAUGCACAGAGACCGCUUAUUACGACGAUGAUCACCAACUCUGUGUUGGGUGGCAUCGCAGACACGGUGGCUCAGACACUGACCGCGGUCCGGCAGCGCGCUGUUCGCAAGGGUGUGGACAAGGACGACUUCAUUGCGAUCGAGAUUCAUGAACUUGACAGGAGGAACCCUUGGCCAGAUACUGAUAUCAUCCCCGACUCGCUCAAAUUGCCUCCGCCAUUCGAUUUCGAGCGCACAGUGAGAUUCAUGGCCUACCCUUUCAUCAUGUCACCGGUUCAGCUCCGUUGGAUUCGGUUCUUAGCGUCGACCUUUCCAAUAACCAAAGCUGCUACCUGGGGGCCCGUACUAAAGCGCGUGGCCUUUGACCAGCUUCUGUUUGCUCCAGUCGGUCUUGCUUGCUUCUUCACUUUCAUGACCGUCGCCGAGGGCGGCGGAAAGCGCGCCGUGCAACGCAAAUUCCAGGACGUCUACAUUCCUGCCCUGAAGGCCAACUUUGUGAUCUGGCCAGCGGUGCAAUUGAUCAAUUUCCGAUUGAUGCCCAUCCAGCUCCAGAUUCCUUUUGUUUCUACCGUCGGUAUCGCGUGGACAGCAUAUCUCUCUCUCACAAACUCCGCCGAGAGUGCAUAA